UGGAUGGUAGUAUAGGUUUGGUUCAGUGCGCAUGCGCGUAACCAUGGCUACAAGUGGUUCCUGCGACCACUGGUCAUUCCCGUCAAAUAUUUCCACCCGCAAGCUAAGCUGUAUAAAAGCCUCGUUGCUCGUCAAUGACUUUUCAUUAAUUUUAUUAACCUCACAAGCCGAUCGUUAACCUUAUUCAACAAUGUCGACAGUUCUCAACGUUGACAAACAUCGUCCUAGCGUCUCGUGAUUUUACUCGUGACAACAGGGUAUUGCACCAUUUUACGGACAGGAGGAGAACGUGUGACGCAUCGACACUAAGGGACUCGUCAUCACAUCAUCAACUUUAUCAACAUCGGUGAUAGUUCAGUGUACUUCGCAGUGUGUUUCUUGCUGCCGAGUGAUAAAUAUAUAAUAGGAAUGAAAAUUUGGGAUUGUUGAAUCUGACGUUGAUGAGUUUGUCAAAUUGUGAUCGAAGGACAUUUAAUAUUUUCGACACGCGUUACUCUUUGAUGGUGCAGUUUAACGUGACUCUUAAUUCUGUUGCGUAACACGUUAUACGAUUCGAUAUAUGUGGAUUUGACUUUCAAAUGUUGACAAUUAUUGACAGUUGUUACUUUUGUUGUGACUCGAAUUUUCAUUUGAUUUCUACAUGACGAUUUAUUGCGUUAUUGUAGUAAAGCCGAAGUACAAUCGACAGUGAAGCUCAAGAAGUUCAUUCCUGAACGUGUCAUUCCAUUCGCGUGUCACGCGAAUUCAGUGAAUUAUUACGCUACAAGUAUUGUCCAUUUGGAGUUACAGAUUCGUUCACACUGUCGAAUGCGAGGCAAGGAUUUGCGUGUCUUUUUUUUCUGUCAACAUAGAAACUCUGUGCAAGUUAGUAAGUGUUGCUGUAAGGUGCGCGAAAGGGUGCUAGAAGCAUGUGAGUAAAUGGCUGUGGGACGACCGAUCCACCCUCCAAAAAACCUACUAUGGGCAUCUGCCUGGACACUGAGCAACAGAAUGGAUCCCAGGUGUUCGACGAGAACAAUGUCCGUGGUACGGGUAGAUGGCGUGGUGAAGCAGGACUCCUGGCGACGCCACCAGAUGGCCGUUUUCCUAUGCAAAAUGUCGGACCGGUUAACUUUGAGACACCCAAAGUGCCAGUCAUUUUUGUUCUCGGUGGUCCAGGAAGUGGGAAGGUGACGCAUUGCGAUAAUUUGAUGCACGAGAAAAAAGGCAUAGUACAUAUUAAUAUGACAGAUCUACUACAGCAAUAUGCAUUAGGAAAUGAUAUGCAAGACUUCGGUCUUCUGAGUAGUAAAACCGUGGCUGAGGUGCUCAUGCUCGAGAUGAAGAUGUCACCAGGUGCCAAGACGUUCCUGGUCAGCGGCUAUCCAAGAAAUAUGCGGGACGUGGUCGAGUAUUCCGAGAGGAUACAAAUAGUAAACGGAGUAGUCCUUGUAUCCUGGAGGCAAGAAGUGCUGGAGCGACAGAUCGAUUACGGGGCACAACUUGGUCAUGUGAUUUUGGGACUUGCUAGAAUGGAGCUUCACAACUUUUAUAGAAACGUCAUGCCCGUUGCUGAGUAUUUUGAUCAGAGUGGAAUGCUGCUUGCUAUUAACGGAGAACGAAAUCCUAGUGAAGUUUACAUCGACUUCCGGGAAGCCGUUAUGAAGAUUCUUGGAAUGUCAGAGGAUGAAAAUUUACCAAGGGACGCACCACGUUCCCUGGAGGCUGAGGUGGCCGUGGAAAGGAACGAAGGAACGAAAGGUUCGCCAGCCAUGAAACACAUAGUUGUGGCGGAAAUGUCGCCUCCGCCGCCGUCAUCGCCUGACGGCCACGUGAAACCUUCGAAAACUGCCGACAAGCCCCGCAAGGGGAUUCCCUCGUUUAUCUGGGUGAUUGGUGGUCCUGGAAGCAAUAAAGGUAGCUUAUGCAGCCAGGCAGUAAGAAACUUACCAGGAUGGGUUCAUGUUAGCAUCGGUGGCCUUUUGAGAAAUAUGGCGUCCUCGAAUCCACUAGUGAACAAUGCCAUUGUUUCCGGUGAGAUGGUACCACAAGAUAUUGUGAUGCAGGUAGUGGAGCAACAAGUACUUCUUAACCGGGAUACAGAUGGGAUUGUCAUCGACGGCUUCCCCAGGGACCUUAAUCAGGUUCAAGAGUUUAAGAACAAGUUCGGUCAGGAACCUCCAUUGCUUUUGUUGGACUGCUCGAAACUUCAACUAGGUCGUGGAAGAUUGGAUGACAGCGUGUCAGCCUUCAGGAAGAGGCUGGAGCUCUUUCGUGAGAUGUCCCUUCCAAUGCUGAAGACAUUAGACAAUGAUAAUCGUCUUACAAUAGUCGAUGGUGACACUGACAUUCCAAAUGUCCAAGAGGAAUUCACAGCAGCUCUGUACCAACAUGCGCAGCAAGCUCGUCGCAAGGAAGAGCUUCAUCCUCAGGGUCCAAGAUUCGACGGAAGUGAUGAUGCGGAGGAUGGCAAAGCCAACGUUACGAAUAAAAGCCACCCAAACUUGCUGGCCCCCGGUAACAUCAACGGGGGCCAAAGAAUUGACAACAGUGAUGACAAUCUACAGCGAGCUGAGAAUGGCUACGCUAAGCCAGUUGGAAACGGCCUGAAUGUUCUGGCUAAUCAUAUUGAGAAGCGCAAUGACAUUAAGAACAAUAUCACCAAGAAUACAAAUGAAUUAAUCAGAAACGUUAAUGGUAAUGGUAACAUCAAUGGCGAUAUCAAUGGUGGAGUAUACGGGAGAGGCAAUGGUGUCCAUCGUAGAAAUAAUAACAAAGAUAAUAUAGCAAAUGGCCAAAUUGGCAAAACCAUGGCGAACGGGAUAGAUUCGAUUUCGAAGAAAGUUCAAGAAGCAACGAUUAACGGAGCAAAAAGAGCAAUUGCGAAUGGAAGCAUUAGAAUAGCUAAUGGGAUUGUAAAUGGUGCUCCAGUUAGUUUACAAAAUGGUGCAGCUAAUGGCGCCAACAAUCUUUUACAAAAUGGCGUUGCUCAUCUUGCUAAUGGAAUCCCAGCCAACAAGGUUGCUCCUACUGUCAGGAAUUUUGUUGGCAACGGGAUUCGAAAUCCGGUAAGAAAUAUGUACAACGAGGUGGAAGGUUAUCAGGAAAAUUUGCAUAUUUAAAAAUAAUGUUACGAGGUACGAGAAUAUUAGGCAUAAAGAACAUUACUGUUGACGCGAGCUUGUCCAGGAAAAAAAGAUUUUCGAAAGACAUGCCAUACGACCAAUUCCACCUCGUAAGUGCUAGUAACUGAAGAAUGCUCACAAGUAAUAUUGUACGUUUGGAUUAUUAGGCAUUCAAUCGAUUACUGUCCACUGCCGAAUUGGCUGAAUCAUUUUCUUUAAAAAAAAAUUUAGUCGAUUCCCUGCCGAGUAUUCCGAAUACGUAUCGCGCGAAUUGGUAUGGGUGAUUGGUGCUGUUUAUUUGUAUACUGUCACCGUUUCAUUUGAAAAAUCUCUAUUUUCGAUUCCCAUAGUUAUAAUACUCAAAACUAAUUGCCCAUGAAGGAUAUUCGAAUUUCAAAAUAAAUUGCACCGGUGACUCAGCUAAAUCGUUUGGUACAAUAAGAACAAGGAUACGUACACUAUGUCUAUUACUUCAGAUAUUUGUAACAAGAUUGAAAAUUGCUCACAGGUGAAUAUUAGACAUAGAGUAUUUAGUAUCAGACGUUAAUUAUACGUGCUUUAAGUUUAAGGAUAAGUAGGUAUGUGUCUUAUGAUACUACACGCGCGGCAAUAACGUGUAAAGUCAAUCAAGUACGAAGCAUAGUUAUAUAAAUAGUACAUAAAAGACAUUCUAUUUUCGAAUGGGAGUUAUAUACACAUAUCUGGUUUCAACAUAGCAUUAAGACGAGUCAUACGAAUUGGAGAUCGACUUCCCAUUAAUAUAGUAAAGUUCAAAUUCCUUUUUAAUGUUCGUUAAGUCUCUUAAUAAUUAAGCGAUGAUUACCAAGCACUGAUAUGUAACUGGCACUAUUAAAUUACAGUAUUAGAUUUGAUCCCAGUAUAAUGACGUAUGCCUGUGCACGUUAUGAUAAGUUUCAAUUUAAACUUCAAAUACUUUUAUAUACAAAUAUGAAUGUCGAUCAUCAAAUCGGUUGAUUCGUGCUUACUAUGCAGUCCGCAGGCGGAUUAAAGAUGCAAUAAAACUAUUAUACAAGUACCAAAACAAAAGUAUUAAGCAUAUUUCAGCGUAAAUAUAGUACAUACUAGUAUUCGAAGAAGCGCUACGUCGUAUUGCAAUAAAA